AUGAAUAAAAAUAAAAUUAAAUUAAAAAUAAAUAUAUUACCAAAACUGAUAUUAAGUGUAGUAUUAUUAGGUUUAUUGGCAACUUUUAUUACAAUAGAGCCGGUAAAAGUUUUAGAAUUAACCACAAAAACAUAUAAAUCAAAAUAUUUAAAGAAUUACGGAGAAAUUAAAGAAUCAAGAAAAUAUCAAACAAACCGAUACGAAUUUUCAUUUGAAUAUGUAGAUAUUUUAGAUCUAUCACAUCAGAAUGAAAAUGGUACCAUCAACAUAAAUAGAAUUCAUUAUGAAGAAAACUCUUCACUCUAUAGUUUUUUUAAUAGAUUUUCAAUUUAUUAUAAAAUAUAUUUAACAUUUAUAGUAAUGUUAUUUAUAAGUGUAUUGGUUUCUUUCUUUUUCCCAUAUAGCAAUAAUAUAUUCAAAGAUUCGAUUACCAGAAGGUUUAGAAAAAUUGUAUUAUUUACAAGUUUCUUUUUAUUUUAUAUACCCCUCUUUGUUACAAUGAUAUUAUUAUUAUCAUUAGAUUUCAAAAAUGCAGUACUUCAAGAUUCUAAAGAAAAUACAAAAUUAAAUAAAAUUUGUUUUAAUAAAGAUGGUGAGCCAUUUGGUUUUUGUAAAAGUUUGGGUUUAAGUGAUUAUAGAAAUCAUUUAACAUUAGACCAAUUAAAUCAAGAAACUAUAAUUAAUAAUUCAACAAUGAAUGGUUGGGCAAUGUUUAUAACAUUUGGGUUUUUAAUUUAUAUUGUAUUUUAUAAUACAAUUAAAGGCCACAAAUUCAAAAAAAAUAAAGAAAAUGAACCACCAAGUUUAAAUGAAAUGAUUGAUCUUCAAAUUUCAAAAAACUCAUUAGGUGAACCAUCAUCAUCAAAGAAAUCAUUUGAAAACCAAAGUUUAGAUUCUCUAGAGAAUACCUCAUCAAGUACACAGUCAAUGUCCCCUUUAAAUAAUUCUAAUAGUAGUAGUAUUAAUAAUAGCAAUAGUAAAAUUACAACAAAUAAAGAUUAA